AUGAAUAUUGGAGCAAGUACUUCUCAACAAAGAUCACGUGUUCGAAGAUAUAAUUCAACAGAAUUACUAGAGAUAUUAGCAGAAUCUUCUAGUGAAGAAGGUGAGUUUGUUGCUUCUGAUAAUAAACAUGAUUAUAUUCCUUUAGUUGAAGAGGGUAGAUUUCAAAUUUCGGAUGUUGAGCCAGAAGCUGAAGUCGAAAAUGAGAUUGAUUCUUAUGAUUCCGAUGCGAGUUUUGAAGGGGAAUCGCUUGAAAAUAUUCUUAUAGCAAAAGAUGGAAUGCGGUGGCAGUCUGAACCACUUACCAGAAUACAAACUAGUAGCAGAAAUAUUAUUCGUCAACGGGGCGGGGCUGCAUCGUUCAGCAAACUUUACAAUCAAAUGGAAAUAUUCAAAAAUAUAUUGUCCAAUGAAAUGUGUGACAUAAUCUUGAGGGAAACUAAUCGGAAAGGGACAAAAAUUACUGAAGCAUACAAUAAUAAACUGAUGGAAAAUUACCCUGAUAUUAGCAAGCGACCGAAACAAAAAAUAUUCAAACCGUUCACAGAACAAGAAUUGGAUGCAUUUUUUGGUAUUCUAAUUUUUAGUGGGCUGCAUAGAUCUAAUAAAGAGCAUUUGACUGAACUGUGGAAAUCCAGUCACCUACCAUUAUUUCGGGCUGCGAUGUCCCAUGAUAGAUUCAAAAUGCUGCUACGCUUCAUAAGGUUUGAUAAUGAUGUAACGCGCCCUGAAAGUUUGUUAGCUGAUAAAGCCGCUGCUAUACGAGAUAUUUGGACUAUGUUCAUUUCCAAUUUGAAUAAAAACUACAAGCCUCGUGAAUGUAUUACCGUUGACGAACAGCUAUAA